UGUCGUAUUAGAUCGUUUAAAAACCUUCCUGCGCGAUAACAAUAGUAUUUUCUCAAAACCCUUCGUGUCAGCCUUGUCUUGCAGCAGAAGUUUCCAGCCGGACAGUAAAUACAGACACACACAUAUGUGACGUCAUUUCCGUAAUAAACACCAUCGAUACCUCGGUGCAGAGAAUUAUGCGGUUACGAAAUGUUUAACCCUCAGAGACAGUGUUUUUCCUGUUGUUUUUCUCGAGACUAAUGUUAUUUCCGUGACAAGAAUGUCUAAAUGCUCGGAUCGAUAAUUAACGCAGUCAUAAUGACGCAGUAAUAAUGCGGUCGGCUGGAUAAAAAGGUCGCUCCUCACUCAGGCUGCUAGUGUGAACGCCUUGGAGAAGCUCAUCUGCUACCUGCAUUACACAUUAGGGUUUUAAGAAAGAGAGAAAGUGAAUGUCCUUCCAAAAUGAGCCGGGACAUCCCCAUCCACAGCUGGCCUGGAUCUUACUACAUCAACAGUGACAAACGAUGGGAAAGUGGCACACUUUCCCUCACCAGGACCAUGGUGCGCUUUGUCUCCUCUCAGAGUAAGGAAAGCCUAGCCAGCUUCCGCCUCUCUAGGAUCAUGGAGUUCAAGAUGGAGUCUUCUAGUUUCAUCUUCAGCACUCUCACAGUGCUUGAAGAGGGUAAUGUAAAACACUGGUUUGGCUCCCUUAAGCCCAACAGAGUGGUGGUCUAUAAUGUGAUGGAGCAUUUCUGAGAGCGCCUUUUGUCCCCCGGCUCAGAGGCCAGAGGGGCCGAGAGUCAACCAUCUAAAGGCAAAGAGCUUAUCAGCCUGGUGGCAGGGGCCCAAAGAAGACUUGAGGACACUGGCAGAGUCCUCAGUCACCAAGGAGAGCAGUUUGACAACAUGAUGGAUGGAUUGGAGAAGAUUGACUCUGAUCUGGGAGUGGCUGAUAAACUUCUGUCAGAGCUGGAGUCUCCUUCCUGGUGGCCCUUUGGUAAAGUCCCCUGGAAGACUCAGCAGGAUGCAAAGGCUGAAGACGCUGCAAGAGCAGCAACUGCUGCUGCUGCUGCCGCAUCUGGCAAAGGGUCUGGUAGAAACAAGGUGAUUGCAAGCAUCCCAGCUGUAGUGACUAAAGGUGGGGACUCUGACUUGAAACCUGGAUGCUUGUUGGUGCUGGUGUCCUCACUGGAGGUGCGAGACACAAACUGCCAGCUUCUCCACCACUUUGAGCGAAAUGAAGUGGAUGAGAUCAAGGUGCACAGUCCUUAUGAGAUCACUGUUAGACAGAGAUUCAUUGGGAAGCCAGAUAUUUGCUACAGGUGCCUAUCUGCCAAGAUGCCAGAGGCACUUUCAGUUUUGGAGAUGCAGUACAAAAAGAAGGUGGACUUUACUAGUCAGUUUGCUGCAUUUAAGGCUACUCCAGUUUCAUCUCCAUGUGACACAGAAGGGAAAAGCUGGAAUGAAGGUUUGCUGCCAGGGUGCCAAGAGACGGAGCUCCCACUGGAGGUCCCAGCAGGAGAUCUGUCCCAGUUGCAGGUGCAUGUUCUCCAGCCAUCUGUCAGUCAGACUGAGGCCCAGGAGCUUAAACAGAUGCUGAUGCAGCUGAAGAAUCUCGCCCUGGAGGCAGAAACCGAGCUGGAACGGCAGGACGAAGUUCUGGACGUGCUGACGACCUCCACCGACCGAGCCACCAUGCACAUAGAGAAGCACACCUGCCGCAUGAAGAGACUGUUGUAGCACUGAAUGACAGAGAGGACACAUGAGGUCACCGUGUCCUUCCUCAGACAUGCACAGUAAGCUCUCUGGUCGUCCUCAAGGGACGGGCGGUUUGGCACAUUGUGAGAACACAAGGACACGUAGCAGGGACCCAGAGUAUGCUCUAAGUGGGCUUUUUUUGUUGUUGCAGUGGAUGUUAUAAUCGCAUUACCACAUGGGUUUGAGUUGCAGUGAUUUCUUGGAUGUGCAUACACUUCUGAAUAUCAGUAAUAAUGAUUAGAACUCUACAAUAAUAGCGCCUGAUUAACUCAGAGGAGAAGUAACUCACACAGUGUCAGUGUCUUGAAGAGAGGGGUGCAUCUUGGAGCAGCAGAUUGAUCCCAGUCGGUACCCAGAGAGGGAUCACUUCUUUGUUGGUUCGUUAGUGCCCUCUGUUGAUUGGUCGUAGAAUAUGGUAGACUCUAUGUGGAUCAGUUGACAAAGCAGUGGAGGCCUAAAUGGACAUUAAAAAUAUGAAAAAGAAGCAUUUAUUUAUUCGCUUUGCACAAACUUUAAAACAAACUGCAUGUUGUGUCCAUAGCCGUUAUUUCUAAGACACAUGAAGGGGAACUAAUAAGAUAAUUUCAAGUGAAAGACAUGUGGAUUAAGCUUUUCAGUAUCAUCACCUACUAUCUAAUAAUCCUAAUAAGAAAUCCUUUUAUCAAAUAUUUCUGAAUGUCUUUCUCAGGUCAUAUCUCAUUUAUCCUCUCUGCACACAGUUUCCCUGUGGCCUCAUGUUGCAUGUCCCAUUCACUGUUUUGUAUUGCAUCAAAUGAAAAUAAUCCAUCUGUAUAAACAUAUAGAAAGGCUGUAAAUGUGCAUCUAAGUUGUGGGACUCAAAACUGUAAAGAGAGAAACACUCCCUGGUCUCACAAAAAGUGAAUGUGAGAUGCUCUUUGAAGAAUAGUCCCUCCUGAGGACCACAUCAACUGUACAUGUACCUGCUGAAGACCGAUCCUAUUUAAAAACUGUAUUAUCUGUAAAUGACUAUUUGAUUUCUGUGAUUUUAACGUGGUUUGUUCUCAUUGUGAACAUUCAUUUAGCUGUAUGUUGGACUUGAAAUAUCUCUAUCAUGUUUUUUAAACAAAUGAUAUCAGUGAUGAGAGAUGCAUUCAUGCAUAAGCCUUCAAAUAUAAAAACUCAAAUAUUUCUUAAUGUCAACAAAUGAAUCAAUUCACAAAACAAUGAGCAUUAUAAGUACUGGGAGAAAUUCCUUUGAUAGGCUGGGAAGUCAUCAUCAUUAAAGUCUGUCUGCAUAUAAUUUGCAUUAAAGGUUUGAAAUAAUCCUAAAUAAAAUCUUUAAUUUGA